GUAAACAAAUCACGAAAACUUCACACUAUACUUAUUUUGGAAAAAGUAAGAAUUUUUUAGUUGAAGUUAAUAAAAAUGGAUAAAAGUGGGAAGUUUCUUCUACCUUCUCCGAAAUUCAAGAAUCUUGAUACUCCACCCUCCAGAGUUCGACAUUUCCUGUCACCCGAGGGAAUACAACUUUUGCCAAAGGAAGAGCAACCACCUCCUAUGUAUGGACCUCGCGGUUCAACUGUGCCUCCCAAAUUCCUGAGUCCCCUGAAAGUUCCCACAACAAAUAAUCAAUUCGAUCGUAAACAGAAAUUCUUCUGUGAACCUUGCGAAGCUGAAUUCCACACAUCCACCGACUACAAAGUCCAUCGCAGUGAACAUGUUGAAUGCGAGAUCGAUGAGUGUAGAUUUCGGGGACAUCCUGCAUUUAUGGACACCCACAUUGCACAACAACAUGCCACUGGGCUGUAUAAUCAGCUAAAGAAGUUGAGUACUCCAGAGGAAAUCGCUCAAUGGAGGGCGGAUCGUAAGAAAAACUAUCCCACUGUUGCCAGUGUCGAGCAGAAAUACAAAGCUCGAGAGCAGAGAAUGUUGCGAGGGGAAAAGCUGGAACUGCAGAAAAAGAACAGAUUUGGGAAUCGUGAAGAUCGACGGCAGAUGAAAGGUGACAACCCGACGAAGGAUUCCGAAAAACCAGAGACAAAUAAAAGGAAGCGAAACAACAACAAAAAUAAGAGGCAACGAGAUCGAAAAUUUGAGAAAAAGAAAAAAGAGGAGGUGGCUUCCGCUUCUCCAAAAGACGAGUUGUCGGUUAAAACCGAAGUGGAGGAAGAGAGAUGUGGUGGUAUAAGAAUGUUUAAAGGAACUGGAGGAAUGGCAGACUACAAAGUCAUCAAAAAGAAGACUGAAACAAAUGUCCUAUCUUCGUUGUUGGGAAUGUAUGGUUCCGAUUCUGAAGAAGAUGGAGAUGAAAGCUCUGAGAAGGAAGAACUUGAAGAGAAAGUCGAAGACAAAUUUGACGCAAAGGUAGAUGAGAAACAUGAACCAAAGAACACAGAAGAGUUAUCUACAGAAGUUCCAAUUUUGAAGCCAGAAGUUGAGAGGCAGAUUGUUCAUGAAGAAUCAACAAAAUCUCAAGAAGAACCGACCGUAAGCACACAAGAAGAAUCACAAGACACCACAGAGAAGUCACCUGCACCUCAACAAAGCAAAAUAGAAGAUUUAGAAAAGCCAGUGAUAUCCGAAAGCACAGAAGAAACAUCCAAGGAAUCUAUGGAAGAGAAUACACCCAAAGAAGAAGAGAGUGAUGACGAAGGACCUGAGGAGGCGGCCAUAUCCAAGAGCACAAAUAUCCCUGACCGACCACAAAGUGAACCACCUCGCAAGAAAACCAGGAUUAAUCCUCUUAAGAGAAACUCUGCCCUAGACUAUCGCAAGCUGCGAGUGGGGCGACAGAACACAAUGCUCGAGAAACUGCUAGAGGCAGACAUUCGCCACGAACGGAACGUUCUCCUCCAGUGCGUUCGGUUUGUGGUACAAAAUAAUUUCUUUGACAAAACUAAGAUCACCCCAGAAAGUACCUAAAUUACUUUUUAUUUCUGUCAAAAAUCAUUCAUUGUAGAAAUAAAAAUACAAAAUGUUAAGCCUA